AAUUUUGACAUUUCGCUUGUUUAGGGCACGUGGGGAAUCAUAAAAAGCAUAGAAUUUCCCGUCCUUAAUCUCUCUAAUCAAAGUAAAACAUUCGAUCAAAAGUUCAAACUACCUUCACAAAUACAUCUUGAAGAGGAUGCCGGUAAGAGUUUCCGAGGCUUCUGUACCUUCACAAAUACCAGGUUCAUGUUCUGGGCACACCUCACCUCCUCCUUGUACCCUCCUCGGUGUUGGGCAGGCUUUUUCUGGAACUCAAAAUGUUUCUAGUGUACAAAAGGAUGAGGCUUGGAGAGUCAAUGUACGUAUACAAGGUUGUGACCUUGAGCAUGGGUAUCUAUGUGGCACUAUGGAAGCUCUUAAUGUUCCAAUGGCAGAUACACCUGUGGUAACUUUUUGGGAAGGGGAAAUUGUUGAUACCAAGAACUACACCUUCUUUACUGGAAAGUGGGAAGCAACGCCUGAGGAUGAUAUUAGACACUGGACAAAGUUUCCAUCCUUUGCACCUCUUCUGAAUCAAGUGGAGGUGGAUGGUGGCAAGUCACUGGACCUGAAUAACUAUCCAUACAUAUUCAUGAGAUGGAAGGAACAGUAUUUUGUGAAUGUUGGUACAGACUGUGGCUUAACAAUAGCAGGCUUUUAUUAUGUUUGCUUUUCCUGUAGUGAUGGAUCCAUUAAUGGCUUCUAUUAUGAUCCAAAUAGCAGCCCUUUUCAGAAGCUUGAGCUUAAAUCUAGUAAUGAAGGGAGGUCUGGUUUCAGCUUUUCUUCAUAUGAAUUGCAAUGAGAAAUACUCAAUGAGCAUCAUGAAAGUGAAUAUUGAUCAAGCUGCCCCGUCGAAAGUUUUCGUACUGAGUUUAGAAGGAAAGCUGUAAUAUUAGGGGGUUGGUCUUUUGGUUUGAGGGAGAUGCUUUAAUGUAGCUUUUUCUUUGUAUAUAGAAAUGUUAGUUCCCCUUCUUUAUAGCUGAAUAAGAUUACAUUUAAUUUGUUAAGGCACUGAAACUUUUUGCUUUUUCUUUCCUUUUUUUUUUUUGUGACGCCAUGAAUUUCUUAGACUAAAUUAUGUUGGAGGAACUUUGUUGUAGGCGGAAAAUGAACUUGCAGGGUUACACCAUAUAUUUCUUGCCAUUUUACUUGUUAAUUCCC